UCAUGGACAACCAGACAUCAACAGCAAUCUUCCGGAUUUUAGCGUUUUCCAGCUGUCCGGGAAGUUACUCAAUUCUUUCCCUUGUGUUUUUCAUUAUCUAUUUAACUGGCAUAAUGGGGAACAUAAUCAUAAUUACAGUCAUAUUUGUGGAUUCUAAUUUACAUACCCCUAUGUACUUCUUUCUCUGUAACCUUUCCUGCGCGGAUAUUCUAUUUACCACAAUCACUCUCCCUAAGCUGAUGGACAUUUUACUUUUUGGGAAUAAUUCAAUGUCAGCCAUGCAAUGUUACAGUCAGAUGUACUUAUAUAUAUGUGUAGCUAGUACAGAAGAUACAUUAUUGUCCUUCAUGGCAUAUGACCGAUACGUUGCUAUCUGUAAACCUUUACAUUAUGCCCAUAUUAUGAAUAAAAAGAAAUAUGUUCUGCUUAUAGUUGCCACAUGGAUAACCGGAUUCUUAAAUUCAUUCUUUAUGACUUUGUUGGCUUCCCAGUUGACCUUAUGUAAAGCAGGGGAUUUAUACAACUUCUUCUGUGAUGUGAAAGCUGUGCUAAAAGUAUCUUGCAGCACUAUUACAUUCCGCAUUAUAAUCUAUGUGGAAACACUGCUUUUUGGAUUUUGCCCAUUUCUGCUCAGUAUUAUCUCUUACAUCAAGAUAAUAAGGAUCAUCCUGUCCAUUAAGUCCUCAAAUGGCAGAAGAAAAGCCUUCUCCACCUGUUCUUCCCAUCUUACUGUACUUGCGAUUUUCUAUGGAACUGCAAUGUGCAUGUACAUGAGACCUCCUUCUGAACAUAGUGAAGAUUUAGAUCAAGGUUUUUCAGUGCUGUAUGCAGCCGUGACCCCCAUGUUGAACCCCCUUAUAUACAGUCUACGAAAUAAUGAGGUAAAGACAGCAUUCUUCAGAAUUGAUGGGAUUAGAAAACGUACUUUUAUAAUAUAA